GUCCAAUUUUUUGACGUGUGAGUUAACGUGCUGACUGGACUAACGGAUCGUCCGAUCUGGCAAUUUUUUUCAGGUACAUAUUUCCCACGUGGAUGUAAUUAACAAAUUUAAAAGAAACAAAAAAUUAAAGAAAAUUGAAAAAUCAUAUCUGCUCUUUUCCCUUUGUUCCCAGCCUACCCACCCACAAACUCUUCAUCUCCCUCCGCCGCCACCACCCCACUAUCGCCUCCGGCCACUAUUACACUUCUCGGCGAGCGUUUUCUCCCCAUUUAUGCCUAACCAGAAUCUCACACCCUCGAUUCUACCCCCAUUCCAUCCCCUAUGAUGGCGACGGUGGGGAAGCGACUAGCGGCGCCGGCGGAAGCCAGGAGAGGAAGGUGGUUCGUCGGAGGCAAAACCAUCUCUCGACUACCCAGAAAUCCCAUCUUGCGAGUCACCGCUUCAUGUAGAGGUGGAUUACAGAGGCGGUUGGAGUCAAGCAACGACCGAAAUCUGAAGACCAAUUUGGUGGCAGUGGCGCAAUAGAUUUGGAGACCAAAUAUUGAUCCCUGAUGGCUCAAAAGUAGGGUAAGUUUCAGGAAUCAAUGGAUGGCGGCACAGUUCGUGGAUGAGGAUGGAGCUGAUUUGUCAUCGUCUGCCUCCUCUCCUUUGUCUUCUUCUCUGAUUGUCAAUAGAGAAGCGGCGGCUGAGCGACGAUGGAAUUGAGACUCGUGAUGGUGGCGAUGGCUGCGGUAAGGUGGGGGAGGGUUUCCGCUGCAAGCGGAGGGGAAGGGAAGAGGUUGGGGGUAGAAGCCAAAGCUUGCGGGAAAGUAAUAAACAUGAAAGUUUUGGCUACAUAAAUGAAUUUUUCCUUCAAUUUAUAUUUAAUCAUAAGAAGUUUAAGUUAGACAACAAAUGAAAUGAAAAUCUAUCUCGAAUCUAUAUUAAUGCCUUGAGAUAUUAAACAUCACUGAAUCAAUGUAACAAAUUUUAACAAAAGAUCUUUAUUUUUGUUAUAUGUUAAAUAAGUAGCUUGCAAAUGAAGCAUUGAAAAUUUAUUAAUAUAUCACUAUUUCUCUAUUUUGAUUUAGAUAUUGUAGAUUUUCAUCUAUUGAAUUACAAAUGAAUUACAGUACAAAAUAUAACUAUAGAUGUUUCUAAAUUUUCUAUUAACUAUUUCCUAUGUUUUCAAAAGCGAAGUGGUUGUCAGACGAAAAAUGUCAAUAACUCACGAUUAAUGGUUUGUCGUUAUACAACUAUUUUGAAAUCGUUAAUGGAACUAUUCCUUCAUGUAAAUAGUAUAGACAUAAAUAAUAGCGUAAUUAGUUUGAAGAAGCAAAUAAGUUAUUCCGUUGGACCAGAUUUUACAUUUAAUACUUCUCUAAUAAAAAAUUAUCUCUUAUUGGAAGGUUUGUUAUGAUCCAUAAUCUCAAUGAAUCAUGAUAAAACCAAACUAAAAAUAAGUGAAAAUUAGAGAUAAAAGUCAAAAGAACAUUUGAUAUGGUUGCGGUCAGUAAAUUUUCUUCGACUUUAAGCAAAUACACAUAGUUAAAAAAAUUAAUUAUUUUUUGUUUGACCUAAUUCGACCCAAAUAUCAAUUCGAUACAAUGUGAAUGAAAUUAUUGUUUAACCUACGACUAAGCUUUCGAUCGACCUUUUCAAAUUUUAAUGUAAGGAAAAGACAUGCUUAUUCAAAAAUUAAAAGAAUUAAAUAUAAUAUAAAUUAUUGUAUUUUUCCAAGAUUUUCCAUUUUUCUUCCUCUUCAUGUUUGCUGAAAUCACUGUGCAAUUAAGAUUCUAAAACUUUUGAGAGCUAAUACUUGGUUUAACGUAAAAACCUAAUGUGAAAAAACCUAUCCAGAAGGAACUCUUCCCAAACAUCCACGCCACAAUAAUGUAUAACCUUCACCACCUCGAAAUUCAAUUGACAAUCAUUAUCUCAUUCAAGAGCUAAACAACUUUAGGCAGCCUAAGUUUUAUCAUGAACCACACAAAAUAAAUCUACACAAAGCAAAGUCUAAAUAAUUAUUAUAAUAGCAAUUACCUUAAAACCAGCGACAGAACCAGGGGAGGGCCACACUGGGCCCGGGCCCAGCCUCCCUCCGCAUGGUGACAUUACCCAGCUCCUCCCAAAUUCAAAGCCCAUCUAUGUGACUCAAUUAGGGACCAGCCAUCUCUCGCUGCCUCCCAAACCAAAACCCCAAAACUCAAUUUCUCUUCCCCUCUAAUUCUUUCCCUGUGCCAACAAAAGUAAAAUUAAAAAAAAAAAAAACCAAAGUUCCAAAAUCACAGCAAGGAAAAGGCAUGAAGCGUUCUUCCUGCUACUUCGAACCUCAGACGACCCAACUUCCUCCGCAAUUUCGUCGCGAUUUUGCCCUGCAGCAGCCUAGAUUGUGAUCUCUUCCACAACAACAGUCCAACUUUCUCGGUUUCUCCUGCACAGUCGCCAGCAGCCAGACCCACUUGUCGUCUCUUCCCCAGCAACAACACUACAUUGAUGUAAAAUUCCAGUAAAAUUGUUGUUUAAAU